AAUUGUCUAACAUUGUAAAAACAUUUUGAUUAAUGUGAAAAGCAUCCGUGCAUCCCCGCCAACCUAAUUGGCCUGGCUCCCAUAUUAGCGGCAGUUGGUGCAGUCGUCAAGCUCGACAUUGACCCACUUUCGGGUUACAUUUUUGGCAGAAACGUGGUUUUGGCCAAAAAACAGCUUUGGGUGAGAGCUUCCACCGCUCGGUUCAGGUCAAUGCACAUGAGUCGCCGAGUGUAACAUGGUUUUUUCUUCGCCAUUGUUGUGCCAUGUGGGCGAUUAUACUGAUGAUGAUGAGGCUGGCUAUGCCGGUGGCUCGAGUGGGCGGCCUGAAUUACCAUAUCAAAACAAUGCCCUGGAAAAAUUCGAGCCAAUAAAAAAGGGCAUUAUGCAAUAUCUAGCCGGUAUCUGGCUGCCUUCUAAGGGAAUAGCAACCAAUUUGCCAAAUGCGAGUUGGAUUUUUUUCGCAAACGGGCAAGGUGAUAAGUUGGGGCGUGCUCCGCAUUAGAGGAUUAGUUUGUGCCCAUCCCGCCGAGCGUGCAGAAGUCAUUCAGCAAUCGAAUCGCGUUCCCAACAUGCAAUUGUUCCUUCUACUCCUUCUGGGAGCCUUGGGCUAUUCGUUGGCCUAUCAACGCAGCUACAGUUACGAGUAUCCCCGCAGAAGGGCCUAUUCACCAUCGUACUCCAGCAAUUCGUACAGCUCCCUAAGCGGUCGAAAGGCCAAGAAGGAGAUCACCACCAAUAAAUCGGACAAGGAGAAUGCCAAGUUCGCAGGGGCCUCCAAUCAGGAGUUGGACGACGUGGGUGAUGAACGCACCCUGCUGCUUAAAAAGAAACUCAAGAGGUUGGCGAGGCCCUACCUGGGAGGAUAUGGUGGAUACGGCGGAUACGGAGGAUAUGGUGGAUAUGGCGGUUAUGGAGGAUACGGCGGUGGUCCCUGCUCUCCAUUUGGCCGCGAUGCCAAGGGCGGGCAGAAGGAUCCCGAUGAGCAGGGUCGCUUUCUGUUCGACGUGAAUGUGGUGAAAGUCUAUCCGGGAGGUUGUCGCGGCUAUGGAGGAGGUGGACUCGGAGGAUUUGGUGGCCCCGGCGGAGGCCUCCUGUCAGAUCCCCUGCCACCUGUUCAACCCAUUCCAGUGCCAGUGCGUCCUUAUGCACCCUUUGCCACCUGGCUGUCGCUCUUUGCCCCGGGAAUUUUGAACUCUGCAACGGUGCCCGGGGUACCAAUAAGAGAUCCCCUCCGGGAUCCCAUUCGCCCCCCUGGGGAUGCGCAGAGCGAUCCUGAAGUGGAUCCCAACUAUGCGGCACCAGUGCGACGACCCGUUCCCAAUCGUGUGUAUUACGAUUCUGCCGGAGCGCCUCCUGUGACCCCUGCUCAAUUGGUUGGAGGCGUGGCCACUACGGUAAAUGGUAUCAUUCAGCAGUUGACUGGUCAAGUGCAGCCAGUUUACCAAACGGGAGGUUAUCGGUCCAGGGAUCAGCGGAGCAGUUAUGGAUAGUCGUUUAAAUUCGAGUUUUUAUAUAGCGAUAUGUAUAUUUUUAGUGUAAAUAGUUUUUAAGGAA